CAGUUAGAAUCGAAAAUGCUGUGCGCGACGUCAUCACAACCGGAGUGGAGUAACUGUUGUCGCUCGUUGGUCUCCCCAAAAUAGAAUCUGUCGAAAGAAUAAAAGGAUGAUGAUGUGGGCACAAUGGAUCACUUGCCUUUCAUAUAUUUUUGACAUCGUCCUAUAGGAAACAAAUUCAGAAAGUUGGAUAAAUAUGGACGAUUUUAAACCUCUGCUGGAAGAAAGGGAGGAUGAAGGAAUGGAAUUUUUAUGUAGAUGCGGGCACGAAGAUCAGGAAAUGUACGUGGAUCACUAUCUUAUAACUCAUCCCAAGUUUGCUAAAAAGUGGUAUUCUGUUAAUGCUUCUCAGGAUAUGAUCGCGGAAUGGCUGAGUGUCCGUGGUCUGUUGCACGAAGAUAUCGGUUGCACUAACUUUACGGACCAAUUCGAAUCGGAAAAGACUCUAUCCAAUGCAUACGCCGAAUUUUCUAAAGGUGGCAGAAAUUCUGUCACUACCGAACUGUUCCGUAGCAUCGUACAUCAACCAAAAAGAAAAAGGAGCAUGGACUCUUUGUCUAGAGUUCAAAUACAAAAUCACCUGAAGAAUUUGGACGAACACGAAUUGUUAAUGGAACUAAUUAGAGAUAUUUCUAACGAAUUAGAUAUCGACACUUUAUGCCAUAAAAUAUUGGUCAAUGUUUGCAUGCUUACAAACAGCGAUCGAGGAAGUCUCUUUUUAGCCAAAGGAAGCAGAGAUAGCAGAUAUUUGGUUGCAAAACUCUUCGAUGUUACUCCUAAAUGCGAAUUGGAAGAUGCUAUUUCGGCUGCGGAACAAAUGGAGAAGAUACCCCCUAUACAGUUUGGUGUCGGAAUUGCAGGACACGUGGCUCUUAGUAAGGAAACAGUUAACAUCAAAGAUGCCUAUCAGGAUCCUAGAUUUAACAAAGACAUCGAUUUCAGAACGGGAUACAGAACAAUUAGUAUCAUGUGCAUGCCUAUUGUCAAUUAUCAAGGGGACGUCAUCGGCGUGGCUCAAUGCAUCAACAAAACAGAAGACGACAAAGUUUUUAAUAAGCAAGACGAAGAGGUAUUCAGAAAAUAUCUGACUUUCUGCGGGAUUGGUAUCCAAAAUGCACAACUUUUCGAAAUGUCCGUACAAGAAUAUAAGAGGAACCAGGUAAGUUUAAGGAAUCAUAAGGAACAUAAAUCAAUUUUAAUUCUUCAUUGGACAUUUAAUUGGCUGGGUACCGAUGAAGAAUUGGAUGAAAUGAAAAACAUCUUACGGCUAUCCUCUUUCAAAGAAUUUGGAGUUGAAAAUAUUAAAGUUUCUGGUCGUGUUUUAUCUAUACCAAUAUUUAAUAGUGAAAAUAAAGUCAUAGGAGUUGCCCAAUUAGUCAAUAAGUUGAAUGGCGAACACUUUACGGAAAUUGAUAUCAGCACAUUUGAGGCAUUUUCUAUAUUCUGCGGAUUAGGUAUACACAACACACAAAUGUAUGAAAAUGCCAUAAAAUUGAUGGCAAAACAAAGAGUUGCGUUAGAAGUUCUUUCCUAUCACGCAUCGUCGUCGGUUGAAGAAAUGAAUAAAUUAAUGCAUUUGCCAAUUCCUUCAGCCAAUAAAUUCAAUUUGUACAGUUUUGAAUUCAGUGAUUUUGAAUUAGCAGAUGAGGAUACUUGUAAAGCAUCUUUAAGAAUGUUUAUGGAUUUGGAUCUCAUUAGAAAAUUUCACAUUCCAUAUCAGAUAUUAUGUCGUUGGACGUUAAGCGUCAAAAAAAAUUAUCGUAAUGUAACGUAUCAUAAUUGGAGACAUGCUCUAAAUGUCGCACAAACUAUGUUUGCCAUGUUAACAAUAGGAAAUAUGAAACAGAUGAUGUCAGAUUUAGAAAUGCUGGCACUUUUAGUAGCCUGUCUAUGUCAUGAUCUUGAUCAUCGGGGCACUAAUAAUUCUUUUCAGACAAAAAUUGAAUCUCCUUUAGCAACUUUGUAUACUACCUCAACUAUGGAACACCAUCAUUUUGAUCAAUGUAUUAUGAUAUUAAACAGUGAAGGAAACAACAUUUUUCAAUCCUUCUCUACAGAAGAUUACAAAACUGUGAUAUCUUAUAUAGAAUCUGCAAUUCUUGCUACAGAUCUUGCUCUUUAUUUCAAAAAGAAAGAUACAUUUGGAAAAUUAGUUGAAACUGGUACAACAAAUUGGUUAGAACCUGCUAAUAAAGAUCUCCUCAGAGGUAUGAUGAUGACUGCAUGUGAUAUAUCUGCUAUUUGUAAACCAUGGGAAAUUCAAAGAAAAGUAGCAGAACUGGUAGCCAGUGAAUUUUUUGAACAAGGAGAUUUAGAAAAAGAAAGAUUAAAGGAAAAACCAAUUGCAAUGAUGGAUAGGGAAAAAAAAGAUGAAUUGCCUAAGAUGCAAGUUGGAUUCAUUAAUUGUAUAUGUCUCCCAGUAUACAAGGCUUUAACAGUUAUUCAACCAGCACUUCAACCAUUGUUGGAUGGAUGUGAAAGAAAUAAAAAACAUUGGGAAAUGUUAGCAGAUGAAUAUGAAAAGCAUUUGAGAGAACCUACACUUCAUAGUUGUAGACAUGGUAGGUAUUUUAUCUCAAUUAUAAUUUACUAUAAACAAAUAAAAUAA